GAACGGUUCAACCCUUAGGGCAUACUUGAAGGCAAUACAGGGGUUUCGCUUAAGCAAUUGCGUUAGCAGCCCGCGCCUUUGCGGGCUGCACCGUUAGGAAUGCCGCCACAACAGGAAGCAGUUACCCACCGCUCAAAGAUUUAUGCUGAUGUUUGCGUCGAUAAGGAACCGGAGUACAGCGAUUAUGAGCACCUUAGCAUAUCCUGGGGAGAGCAGGACCACUAUGAGGUGGUUCGGAAAGUUGGUAGGGGCAAGUACAGCGAGGUGUUCGAAGGCGUGAACGUGUCAGGGGAGACGCCAACGCGUUGCAUUAUCAAGAUCCUGAAGCCCGUCAAAAAGAAGAAGAUUCUUCGCGAAGUGAAAAUCCUCAAGAACUUGCAGGGUGGCCCCAACAUCAUCUCGCUGAUGGACAUGGUGAAGGACCCGCACUCGCGCACGCCCAGCCUCAUCUUCGAGUACGUGGACAACACGGACUUCAAGGUGCUGUACCCCACCCUGACCGACCUGGACAUCCGCUUCUACAUCCGCGAGCUGCUCAAGGCGCUGCACUACUGCCACAGCAUGGGCAUCAUGCACAGGGACGUGAAGCCGCACAACGUGAUGAUCGACCACUCGCGGCGCCAGCUGCGCCUCAUCGACUGGGGCCUAGCGGAGUUCUACUUCCCGGAGCGGGAGUUCAACGUGCGGGUGGCCAGCAGGUACUUCAAGGGCCCCGAGCUGCUUGUUGACUACCAGCUGUACGACUACAGCCUGGACAUGUGGAGCCUGGGCUGCAUGCUGGCCGCCAUCAUCUUCCGCAAGGAGCCCUUCUUCUUCGGACACGACAACUACGACCAGCUGGUCAAGAUCGCGCGCGUGCUGGGGACGGACGACCUGUACGCGUACCUGGACAAGUACGGUCUUGAGCUGGACCCGCAGCAGGAGUCGCUGCUGGGCUCGCACACCCGCAAGCCCUGGUCCAAGUUCGUCACCCCCGACAACCAGCACCUCGCCACCCCCGAGGCAAUCGACCUGGUGGACCGGCUGCUGCGCUACGACCACCAGACGCGCCUCACCAGCAAGGAGGCGCUGGAGCACCCGUAC